GGCCCGCAGCAGCAGCCAGUCUCGAAUUCUCAGUCUCACUCAGUCAGUCAGACCGUUUUUUUUUCGUUAUACCGAGUACCCACUUCUCCUCGCAUUCUUUUAACAUCAUCUCUUGAAACCGCGCGCCGCGUCUCGCCGGUAACACACCACAUUUGACCACAUCACCGACUCCGUUGCCCAUAAUUUUGUCUAAAUUCUGCCCUUUUCACUUAUUAAAAAUGUCUCUUGAAACUGAAACAGUACCAAACACCCCUGACACACCCCAAGAAACAGUUGAACCCAAAGAACAAGAACAACAUCAGGUACAGGAGGAUGAAGCUGAUAACGUGUGCGUCAUGCAAAAGCCGGCAGAAGAUAAAAAAGAAAACGAGCGAGAAUCCACCGCGUGUUCUUUAGCAUCUCGGUCACCUGUAGCUGCUGUUACUGAGGACUUUUUGUUGCACGAAAAAUUCGCCGAUAGUUCCUUAGAGGAACCGGUGCAAGAGCCAAGAACUCCACUUAAUUCAGAAAACGAAGAUACUCAAGAAGUUCCUCCACCCCCUCAAAUUGUCGAAGUGGUCUCUGUUUACAGUGAAACCGUUGUGGUUAAUGAUGAAACUCCUGUCGAGGAAGAAGUGCUUAAUGGGCAUGUUACUCCUGAACCAGAACCUGCUCCAAAAGAGGUGGAACCUGAACCGGUCCUUGCACCAUUAACCAAUGGAAAAUCCAAUGGAGAAUGUAAGUUUGAGGCCAGUGAGGAGCUUGAUCAUAAGCCAAAGGUCUUGAAUGGUACCAUCGCUACUGAGCUAAUCAACGAAGAUUAUAAAUUGCCCGACGUGGUUGAAGUGAAGAAGAACUUUGAGCACAUCGCCAAUUCGGGACAUAAUGUCAACUCACAGGCGCCUCCUAAAAAAGGAGCUCUUUCGACCAACAUAGACUCUGUCAACGUAAAAAAUGCGUAUCAAGAUGUCAGAAGUGACGUUACGGAAACCCAAUGGGCCGUCUUUAAAUUCGAAGGACCGACGAUCGUGACGUCAGCCAAAGGGUCGGACUUUGACCAAUUUAAAACCCAAUUCGGCGACGACGAGAGGGCGUUCGGCUACAUUCGAGUCCAAACCGGAGACGAAAUGUCGAAACGAGCGAAAUUUUUACUGGUCACCUGGAUCGGGCCCUCAGUCAGCAUUUUAAAACGGGCCAAGAUGUCCACCGAUAAGGCGCUUAUUAAAGAUAUUUUAUCGAAUUUCGCCGUAGAACUACAAACCGAAAACAUCACGGAAAUCAACCUGCAAAACUUCGAAUCCGAAUUGGACAAAGCGGCUGGUGCACACUACGGUACAGGAAUCAGAAGUUAAAACUAAGACGAAAAAAGUACGUUUUAUAAGUAAAAAAAAACGCGUGGAGUUCUUCACUUUGGGACCAAAUCAAACGGGCACCUUGCUGCCCCCAAUUUAUGAAUUUUACCCACAUUCUUUAAUAUGAGACUUAAUAAAUUUAUGUAUAAUA